GAGGGGCCGCGGCUGGCGGCGGCGCGGCCGGUCGCGCCUCCUGGGCGCCGCGGGGUCGGCCGGCCCCGAGCCGCGCCGCGCCAUGGCUUUCGCCAAUUUCCGCCGCAUCCUGCGCCUCUCCACCUUCGAGAAGCGGCGCUCCAAGGAGUACGAGCACGUCCGCCGCGACCUGGACCCCAGCGACGUGUGGGAGGUCGUGGGGGAGCUGGGCGACGGCGCCUUCGGCAAGGUCUACAAGGCUAAGAAUAAGGAAACUGGUGCUUUAGCAGCUGCCAAGGUCAUUGAAACAAAGAGCGAAGAUGAACUGGAAGAUUAUAUGGUGGAGAUUGAAAUACUGGCAACCUGCGAUCAUCGACACAUCGUUAAGCUGCUGGGAGCAUUUUACUGGGAUGGCAAACUCUGGAUCAUGAUCGAGUUUUGCCCGGGAGGGGCAGUGGAUGCCACCAUGCUGGAGUUGGACCGGGGCCUGACCGAACCCCAGAUUCAAGUGAUUUGCCGCCAGAUGUUGGAAGCCCUCCAUUACCUCCACAGCAAAAAGAUCAUCCACCGUGACCUGAAGGCAGGCAACGUGCUGCUCACGCAGGACGGCGACAUCAAGCUUGCUGACUUUGGAGUGUCUGCCAAAAACAUGAAAACCUUGCAGAAGCGAGAUUCCUUCAUUGGAACCCCUUACUGGAUGGCCCCAGAGGUGGUGAUGUGCGAGACCAUGAAAGACACUCCUUAUGAUUACAAAGCUGACAUCUGGUCCCUGGGAAUUACGCUGAUCGAAAUGGCCCAGAUCGAGCCGCCCCAUCAUGAGCUCAACCCCAUGAGAGUCCUGCUGAAGAUUGCCAAGUCUGACCCUCCCACGCUCAGCUGCCCUUCCAAAUGGUCCCUGGAAUUCAGAGACUUCUUGAAGACUGCCCUGGACAAGAACCCGGAGACGCGGCCAAGUGCUGCACAGCUGCUGGAGCAUCCCUUCGUUAGCAAGGUCACCAGCAACCGGGCCCUGCGCGAGCUGGUGGCAGAGGCGAAGGCUGAGGUGAUGGAAGAAAUCGAAGACAGCCGGGAGGAAGCGGAAGAGGACGACUCGUCCGAGUCCGCCUCUCCCCCUGGUAAGCACAAGCGGGAUCCCUCUGAAGUAAGUCAGCUGAGUUUUGAUGGGGAGAAACCUCCAGACUCUUCGUCACCCAUGAUAGUUAACGGGCCUGUGGAGACUGGAAAGGAGAAUGCAGAUGGACAGAGUGAUAAAGUGAAGGGAGAUGAAGGGAUAAGCAGUGACAACAAAAACCUGGGGAGCAGCCACUCCACGAAAGCUAUCACGAGCAAUGCUGCCACUGGCACAGAGGGUGGGGAAGUCAUCUCCGGCGCUCACGGCAAGCUGAGUAACUCAACCGAAGAAAAUAAGCAGCCAGGGCCAGCUAGCAAAGAGCAGAAGAGCAUCGGGGACCGGCCAGAGAGCAGCCACUUGGAAAACUUCAUGGAGGAUAAACUUGCCAACGGGAGCUUGGAUUCCCCAGCUCCAUUCUCCAGCAACCGGUGCAAAAGGGAUUCAGAUUCUGGCAGCACUUCGGCUUCAGAAAGCAUGGAUCUCACCAUCUCGCUGUCUGCUGACCUGUCCCUCAACAGAGAGAGUGGCUCGAUCUCUCUGAAGGAUUCUCGGAUGCAGAAGAAGACGUUGAAGCGGACUCGGAAGUUUGUGGUGGAUGGAGUAGAAGUGAGCGUCACCACCUCGAAGAUCAUCAGUGAGGAUGAGAAGAAAGAUGAAGAGAUGAGAUUUCUCAGGCGCCAGGAGUUGCGGGAGCUGCGUCUCCUUCAGAAAGAGGAGCACCGAAACCAGGCCCAGCUCAACAGCAAGCACCAGCUGCAGCUGGAGCAAAUGCUCAGGCGCUUUGAGCAAGAAUUGACGGCAAAGAAGAAAUUCUAUGACACUGAACUGGAGAACCUUGAACGUCAGCAGAAGCAGCAGAUUGAGAAGAUGGAACAAGAUCACUCGCUGCGCCGGCGAGAGGAGGCGAAGCGCAUUCGCAUGGAGCAGGAACGGGACCAUGCCAAAUUUCUGGAGCAGCUGAAGCAGAUGAAGAAGGAGGUCAAGAAUGAGGUUGAAAAACUGCCACGGCAACAGCGGAAAGGAAACAUGAAGGUGAAGAUGGAUGAUUUUUCCCAAAAGAAGCAAACCAUGGAACAGGAGUUUUUGGCCAAGCAGAAAGAGGAUCUGGAGUUGGCCAUGAAGAAUAUAACAGCCCAGAACAAAAAAGAGAUUUGUGACAAGGAACGCGAGUGCCUGAACAAAAAGCAGCAGCUCAUGAGAGAUCGGGAGGCCUGCAUGUGGGAUCUUGAAGAGCAUCAGCAGCAGGAGAAACACCAGCUUGUCAAGCAGCAGCUGAAGGACCAGUACUUCCUCCAGAGGCAUGAGUUGCUCCGGAAGCAUGAGAAGGAAAGGGAGCAAAUGCAGCGAUACAACCAGCGCAUGAUAGAGCAGCUGAAAAUUCGGCAGCAGCAGGAGAAAGCCCGGCUCCCUAAAAUCCAGAGGAGUGAAGGGAAGACGCGCAUGGCGAUGUACAAGAAGAGCCUUCACAUCCACUCCAGUGGGAGCGCAGCCGAGCAGCGGGAGAAGAUAAAACAGUUUGCUCAGCAGGAAGAGAAGAGGCAAAAGGCAGAGCGGCUGCACCAGCAGCAGAAGCAUGAGACACAGAUGAAGGACAUGCUUGCCCAGUGUGAGGGCAACACGAACGAGCUCCAGCAGCUGCAGAAUGAAAAGUGUCACCUCUUGAUUGAACAUGAAACUCAGAAGCUAAAAUCCCUGGAUGAGAACCACAACCAGCACAUGAAGGAGUGGCGGGAUAUGCUGAGGCCACGGAAGAAGGCUCUGGAGGAUGAGCUGAACCAAAAGAAGCGUGAGCAGGAGAUGUUCUUCAAGUUGAGCGAGGAGGCAGAUGGACCAACCCCAGCAUCCCCAACCAAACAUGCCAAGUUUGUCCCAUUCAGUUCUGCAGAAAGCUUGUAACACCUAGCAGCUGGCGGGCCACCAGCUGGUACUUGCUCUGUCCUCCUUGGCUGCAGGUGGGCAACCUGGACUCGGAAGACCCUCUCGGCAACCUCUUCUCAGAACAGCACCAUCCUGUCCCCUCGCUCUGUCUGGGAUAAAUGCAGCCUCUGUCUUACGCUGUGAGACGCUGACUUGGUGGCUUUUCCAAGGGCUGGUCUGCUCAGCAAAGCUCCAUACUGGGAAGCCUGGGAGGGACCGUAUCUGUGAUCUUCUUUGCACUGUUAGCUGAAUUUGAAUGCAUCACCUUUUAUGUUGAGGCUGGUGCUCACUGGGCUUGUCAGCUCUGACUGAAGCAAUUAACAGUUCUGAACAGGAGAAAUGGGCAGUAGCUCUUGUACUCUGUCCAGUUACCUCCAGAGAGGUUAUUAACCUCUCUGCACUGUGGCUGCUUGUCCUCCCGGUCCCCUCUGUCAGGGUAAAUGACUUGUCUGUGGCAAAGCAGCUUUGGCAUUGUCUUAAGCUAACCUUGGCCUCAUGGACCCCCAACACUUGCCUUAGAAGAGUUAUUUUUGCCUAUUGUGGCCCUUCUUUGCUCAAGGGAGACACAGUGGUUUGGAUUUUUUUUUCUUUCGAGGAGAGGGGGUUGUGUUUUUUCUUUCCCCUUCCUCCCAGUAUAGACCGUGCAGGAAGGGGACUGGCUGAGCUUGCUUUAGAAGAUGCCUCUCCUUCUUUAUUUGCCUUGAUUGCUGGCACACCAGUCCCUCUGGCGCCUACCUGAUGCUAUCUGAUGAGAGUUUGGAAUAUGGCACUGAAGGCUCAGGCCCUCAGACUCACAGCCAGCAACAUGCAGGUCAUAGCUGAACUGCUCAGCUGGCUGAAGGCUUUUGUGUAUUAACCAAGUGUGUGUGUAUGUGCAGAGGGAGAAGCUUGUAACGGUGUCCAGUUCUGUGGUGACACAGUAAGGUGUCAGUCACAGUUAUGUGCCUUCUAGUCAGGGCAAGUGAGAGAGGGAGAAGGAUUUUAUUUCCAGGUGUCUUGCGGUCACACGCAGCUGCUUGAGCUUUGCUAAGUGCCAUAUAUGCAUGGACCAUGUAGGUCAGCCAGCCUGGCCACCUUGCUGUCAGGGUUACGGGCUGCAAAGCGUGCUUUGAAAGCAAUGACUGAGUCUUGAAGUAAGAGAUGCUAGGGAAGAGGAAAGACAGUUCACACUGGCUUGUUACUCUCAGCGUGACUUUUUCCACUGAUGUCUUAUUUCCUUAUGAUGUGCCACAGUCUAUCUCAGAUGAUUCUCCUCCCUUUCUGCUUGUGGCAAAGGAACAGUGGCACGUCCAGCCCUAUGUCCUCCUUUCUGCUGCAUGGUCAUGUGGUUCAGUUGGACUGCCCUUCUCCACUUGCACAAGCCGCUGCUUGGCUGAGCUUCUAGGUAGGACCCAGAGCACUGUCCUGGAGUAGGAGACAGUGAUCUCACUGGGCAGCAGCCCCUUCUUUACACAACCAGAGUGAUCAAAAGGCAUAUGGUAGCACUUAAGUUUUUCCCUUUCUGUUGAUCUCUGGACCACAUUGUUUAUUUUAUGCCUGCUUCCCUAGCAAGAAAAAAAAGGCUGUCUCUACUGAAAAAAAAAUGUUACCUUAAAAUCCCAGGUGUUGAUUCAGGGGCACACUGACAUUUCAGGAAAAGGUGUAUGAGGUGUAUUGGACUGUAUUGGUAAGUAUUGGUACGUAGCCCAAGGGGCUGGCCUCCAAGGUCUUUAACACCUCUUUAUCUGAGGAGUGCAUUUACUACCUAGUUAGAGUUCAUAAUACGUGUCUACAAGCAUCAUGCAAACCAGCAGGACUGCAUCCAUUUGGGCCACCCCAAAUUUCUUCUGAAUCCACACCAUUAAUGUCUUUAUUAAUAAACACAGGCAGCCUAGAUAGUGAUUGAAGGGCUGGGACCCUUUGCAAGCAGACUGCAGAGGGGCUUUUCAGUAACUAGCCUGCAUUCCUAGCCAGAUCACCUGUCCCGUCUCCAAAAGCAUCAGCUGUACCUUUUGGAUAUGAUGAUAGCGCCGGGCUGGGAGCUGAUGUAAGAACGAAUAAAUGCAGAGGGUUGUUUCUGAACAGGAACGUGUUGGUCUGAGCUUUCUAAUAGCAUUAGAAAUGUGCAGUGGCAGCCCCAGGGAUUUAGUUCCCAGUCCCACGGGUGUCAUUCUGGAGCUACUGUAUGAAAUGGUUGUUGUCACAGAAAUCAGAACAUGGCACCUGCCAGUGUGAUCCGCAGAAGGACGUCUCGCAGCAUGCUGUCCCUAACAUACCUCGUCUAGCUGAAACGUUUCAUCACCUCUCUGAAUGCCCUCUUGAAGCAGUCCCGUGAGAGUCAGUUCUCUGGAUGUUGUGCAGCCCUGAGGAUGGAGGUCAUUUCUGGGGGCUUUUAAAGAGCUGAUGUGAUCUCCCCCCAUUGUAAAUCAGUUGUCCCUUCCUCCAGCUGAGCAUAUUUGCAGCCUAGAACCAGCAACUUAAGUUCCCCUUUUGCUAAUAAAGGGUGGGAAUGGUUUUGUCCCCUGCGGUUUGCCCCUCCUCUGUCCCUUUGCCAGGCGUGCCCUGGCUCUGGGCACUGCACCCCUCUGCUAGAGGAGGGCAGGGGAGCACAUCUUGCAAUGGUAAUGUUUACAAGGUGGUUAUUUUUCCCCCUUUAAAAAAGGAUGUUUUGUUGUUUGCUGUUCAGAAAUAACCACGGAUAAACCCAAUUUAUUUUUGAGGGGGGAAGGGAUGCCUUUUUUUUUUUAAUAUGGCUUUGAAUAAAAGGUUUUUAAUAUUUUGUAAAGCGUCUUCAGUGGGGCCACCACUCUGAUGUAAAGAGCAUUCUAAUAAAGUAACAGAUCAAGAAA